GCAACCCCGACAACAGCGAGGUUCACGCUUGACUAGUACAGUAGCCUACGAAGCAAAACGGCCAAGAUGUCGACCAUCUCUUAUUACGAUACCGCCAUUGACCUAAACAAAAAGGCGCUCAAGACCCUUCUUGUCAUCAUGAAGAGAGCCCAGGAGCAUCCCGAUGCGGCUUCUCUACCCUCAAUUCGCCUGUACGAGGACAUGCUCCCAUUCAGCUACCAAGUACGAGCUGUCUGCUAUUGCAGCGAGAUGGCCGUUGAUCGUCUCGCCGGUCAACCGGGCAAGCCGCUGCCGCCCAAGGGCCGACCCGACGAGGACGAGUCAGAGAAGACCAUGGACGAGCUGAUCGCACACGUCGAGGAGGCGCUCGCACUGCUGGACACCGUCACACACGAAGAACUGGAUGGAGCGGCGGACAGGACGACCGAGGUUACGGGAGCGGUUGGAACGGCUUACAUGACGGCGAAGCAGUACGUCCUGGAUUACAGCAUCCCGAAUGUGAUGUUCCACCUCAACAUGGCCUAUGCGAUUCUGCGGGCGAAGGGCGUGCCGCUGGGCAAGAUGGAUUACUUGGCCGAGUUUGUCAAGGAGUUCUUCCCCGCUAUAGUGGGUUGAAUUGCGGAGGAUGUAUCUAUAAAAUCUAGGGUGAUGAUUAGGACGACAUUAUUGACAACAUACUGUCAACGUUAUGGCCAUUGAGGUGCCUAGAAAGGUGUCAUGUUGUUCUCC